AUGUCAAAGGUGUUUGUCCACAUCUUUUUGAUAUGCGGGUUAUCAUAUGGUCGACAUGUACGACGAUCAGCCGAUGAGGAGACCACAGAAUUGGCUGCAGUCGCUACGAAAGAUCCUCCAGCACCAGAUACGAUUUUCCCCGUUCAACAUGUACGAGAAAUUCAAAGUGGUUAUUUGACUUUGAAGGAUUCCCAGCUCGGCUCUGGAUCAGCAGAAACGGAAGACGCCACGUCACCACCAUGUGUACCUAGGAAUUCCCCUGAAGGUAUCGCUCGACUUUACAUCAUUGCCAAACAAAAGGCCGAAGAAAGCAAAGCGACGACGGUACCACCAUCUCCUGGUGCCGCCGCUGCCGACCCAUCGGCGGAUCCGGCCACGAAGUUGUCGGCCGGCGACGAACUACCGCCCGUCAUCGAUGGACCCACUAAACCGCCUUUCAACGACACCACUCCCUUCAAUGGUAUCGAUGUCAGUGAAGUGAUGGAAUUACGUAUUGUAAAACCCCUUUGUGAUUAUUGA